AUGAUAGACGGAAACAUAUCAAUGGAGGAAGAUACGGAGUUACGAGACCUAGUGGUACAGACCCUAGAAAAUAAUGGAGUUCUUGCUAAAGUCCGGGCUGAACUUCGAGCUAGUGUCUUUUUAGCACUUGAAGAGCAAGAAUCCGUAGUUAAUCCCGAACCACUUUUAAACAAAACAGUAAAACAGUACCUGGCUAAUUCUGAAGGAAAAUUAUUAUUUUCAUUAGUUAGAGAAUUUUUAGAAUACUUUGGUUUGGAUUACACAAUAUCUGUAUACGAUCCAGAAACUUAUAUUGGAAAGGAGUACAAUUAUAUGGGCAGAGAUAAAUUGUGUGAAAAGUUGGGUAUUAAUUCAACAGAACCAUUGCUUGGAGAAUUACUUAAGAACAGCAUUAAUGGUGCCUUUAAUAACUCAAAGGUAAUUUUUUUUUUUUUAUUUUUUAAUAAAUUAAUUAUUAAUAUUUAAUAUUUUUAGUUUUAUUGGCUGUCCAGUAUAAUACAACAAUUUUUUUCUCUAAUUUUUUGCAAUAUCCUUAAUGACAAAUUUAGAUAUGAAUUGAGGAUAAUUUUUUUAUGUCUAGAGGGAAAUACAGGCUAACAGUAUUGCAAAAAAUUAGAGAAAAAAAUCGUUGUGUUAGACUGGACAGCCAAUAAAACUAAAAAUAUAAAGUAUUAUAAGAACCAGUCUUUAGAAAAAUUAAUUAUUAAUGUUAAUAUUGAUUCUAAUGAUAAUUAUAAUAUUGAAUUUUAGAAUGAAUCAAUUAAUGAUAGCAAUUUAAAAUCAUGUGAAACAAGCAAUAUACAUAAUGCAACUUUUGAUGUAUCAAUUCCACAAGUAGUCCAUAAAGAAUCAACCUCACUAUCUAAUGACAAUGAUUCAUCGGAAAAAGCAGAAAGUAUUUCAGAUUUUAGUCAAGAAAUUCCAAUAAAUGUGACAAUAACAGAUAAAAAAACGUCCGGUAAAAUAUUAACUAAUGCACUAAUUGAUACCUCAAGUUGUGAAGUACAUAAUAAGUCACUCAGGGAAAACACAAGUUCAGAAAAUGAUUGCGAAACUGAUAAAAAUAAGUUAGAUGAUAAUGAAACUGGUAAUAAUAAUUUAUCAACAUCAUCACACAAUAAUUCAUUGCCGACACAAAAUAAUCAAAAUGCACCAACAACAAACUGCCCGUCAUAUGGAAAAAAAAAUGACAAUGAGUCAAAAAAAUUACUGAAUAAAAGUGAGCAUUUAAUCAAGUUCGAUGAAUCGAACAUUGUAGAGUCGGAAUUAGAUUCAAAUGAGGAAUCAAAGUCGAAAAUUACGGCAGCGGUUACAACAACAGCUGUUAGUAGUGUCAAGUUACAAAAUACAAAUAAUGCUCAAAAUCUCCGUAAAGUUGAUGUGGAUAAUAAUUCAUUUAGUAAGACUGUUUAUUUUGAAGAAAUAAUUGUUGAUGGUAAAUUAGAAAAAGUUGGAGCAACUAAGAAAAAUGAAUCAUUACUUGGAGAUUUGCCACCCCUCGUCCCGAAAACAAAUUCUAUUUUUAGCGAUUUACCUCCUUUGAAUGGCAAAAAAACUAAUAUUAAUGAUUUGAAGGAAUUGAUGGACAUUGGACUGACAGGAGAUGUGGAUAAUUAUGAAGAAGAUUUUGUUUCUUCAGCGUCAGGCAGUACCAACGAACAGAGUCCAGCUAAAAACCCAGAUAAAAAUAUCGAGAGUCCUGUGAAACAACUACCGCAGACAGUAAUCGACGACAAGAGUCAAAGUGCUCGGAGCGAAGAAAUCAGCGAAGAUAUCGACGAAAUAGAAGAGGUAUUAAGUACUAAUAUUUCUUGUCUCGAUGAUACCUCCGGAGAUAAUAAGAGUAUCGCUAAUUUCGCGAUGGGUAAUGCGUUGGACUGUACUGAAAAAGCGUAG